CGUCCCGCGCACAUUGCAAAUAUCUCGGCCCCAGGUUCGGUCGCUCUCGCUCACAGUCGCUGCUGCUCGCACACACACACAAACACACACAGACACAGCAUGUGGUCAAAGAUUGCCAUUAGUGGAGCUCUGCUCGUGAUGGGUGGCGCCCUGGCCGCCAGCGUUGUGGAUAAUUUCGCCUAUGUGGAUCGCUCCCUGGAGGUGGCCAUGCCAAAGGCCAAGCGUCAUGCGGCGCAGGAGUAACACGAACGGCGGAAUGGAACGGAACGGAA